AAAGCUUUCGAAGGUCGCCUACGCCCUACAAGACUGAGUGGUUCACCAUUUUGGAAGAAUAAAUUCGGUAGUUUCAGUGGACUCGUAGCUCCAUUCGGGGCUCGGGUAGCGAAAAGGACAACUAUAGUUCCUUUUGACGCCAUCGCUGGCAUAGGUUGUGGCGAUCGAAGGCAAUUUGUUCUUUCAAGAUGACGUGCUGUAUGAGUGAGGAGCAGAAGGAGAUCAGGCGAAUCAACGCCGAGAUCGAAAAACAGCUAAGGCAGGAUAAAAAGAAUCAAAGAAGAGAACUGAAACUACUCUUACUCGGAACUGGAGAAUCAGGCAAAAGUACCUUCAUAAAGCAGAUGAGAAUUAUUCACGGGCAGGGUUACAGUGAUGAAGAUAAACUAGGCUAUGUGGCUUUGGUAUAUCAGAAUGUUAUAACCGCCAUACAGUCUCUAACGUUAGCGAUGGAAUCCUUGAAAAUAGCGUACAAAAAUCCAGCAAAUCCGGAGCAUGCUAAGACCAUGCGAGAGGUUGACCCCAAAAAUGUUACUACCUUCGAACACGACUAUUACAUAGCGACCAAAUCUCUUUGGAACGACCAAGGCAUGCAAGAAUGUUAUGACAGAAGGAGAGAGUACCAACUUAGCGAUUCUGCGAAAUAUUAUCUAACGGACUUAGAUCGACUAGCCAAGCCUGAUUACCUUCCGACAGAACAAGACGUUCUGCGAGCUCGUGCUCCCACUUCUGGUAUCAUUGAAUACCCGUUUGAUCUCGAAACGAUAAUUUUUAGAAUGGUUGAUGUUGGAGGUCAGCGGUCUGAGAGAAGGAAGUGGAUUCACUGCUUUGAGAAUGUGACGUCAAUUAUGUUUCUUGUGGCUCUCAGUGAAUAUGACCAAGUCCUUGUAGAAUCAGCCAAUGAGAACCGUAUGGAGGAAAGCAAAGCAUUAUUUCGUACUAUUAUCACAUACCCAUGGUUUCAGAACUCUUCCAUCAUAUUAUUUUUAAACAAGAAGGAUUUGUUGGAAGAGAAAAUUAUGUUUUCACAUUUGGUGGAAUAUUUCCCUGAAUUUGAUGGACCCCAGUGUGAUGCACAGGCAGCACGCGAGUUCAUCCUAAAAAUGUUUGUGGACCUGAAUCCAGAUUCAGAUAAGAUAAUAUACUCCCACUUCACAUGCGCCACAGAUACAGAAAAUAUCCGGUUUGUAUUUGCGGCUGUAAAGGAUACAAUACUGCAGUUAAACCUAAAAGAGUAUAAUCUAGUUUGAAUAGAGUUGGUAAAAGAACUUAUAAUCUGAAUUAAAGACAAGAAGGCAAGUAGGCUAUGAGAGAUUAAACUUGGGAAUGAAAACUGUAGAAAUCACAAAAUGGUUGAAUAGAGAUUUCUUUAUUUAAGAUUGCUUGUCUUCAGCUGAUUCUGAGUGAAGUACUUUUGUGUACAAAAUACUCUAAAACAAAAGUGUCUGUGUGAAAAUAUUGCUAGGAUUCAAGUUGUCAAGACAAGUGCACACUGUGAAUUGUUUCUAGUAUAUUUCAACACAGUUGAGCGUUGUGUAAUUUGAAGGUAGUCAAGCCACUGGAAAUAUUUUCCAAAGUGUUAGAUACAUAGCUAGAAAGUGUCUUGAAUAAGGAAAAAGAAACAUUAGUUUGGCUGCUAAGUUUUUGCCAAGGCUUCUUCAG